AUGAGUGCGGCAGAUAACUCUGAAGUUGUUGGUGAAGGAGGAAUGCAGCUGAUGAAGCAUAGCAAUCCAGAUGCAGCCCUUGUAUUACUCUUCGGAUGGGCUGGUUGCAGCGAUCGAUAUUUAGCAAAAUAUUCCAAAUUCUAUGAGAAAAAUUACUCAGUCUUGCGCUUUACGGCUGAUAUUCAAAAAAUCCGGUCUUUCUCGUCUUAUCGGAAAUUCGCAUUGGAUAUUUAUGAGAAGAUCCUCGAAACAACAACGGCACUUUCCAUAUAUUGUCACAUGUUCAGCAUGAAUGGUUGUUCAACAUUUUGCGCCUUGUGGGAUCUACUAGAUACUGUCGCGGAUUGCGAAGCAAUGAAUUCUCCAGCAUACGUGACACCGUGGCAGGCAGCAGCAGCAAUAUCAUUUGCUCUAUUGCCACCGUCCGCUUACGGCAAGACUUUACGUGAAACUUAUCGUCUUAUGCUAGUUGGCUAUUUUUCAAUACAUCGUUCUGUGAUUUGGCUUCGAUCUCAGUGGGACAAAAAUGUUUAUGAACGGAACUAUUCUUAUUUCCGGAUGUUGGCAAUGAAAGACUUGCCGAAAUACCAACUUUAUAUCUACAGCUCUACGGAUUCCAUCUGUUCAGCUGAAAGCAUCGAGCAGUUUAUAACGCAUGAGCAUGAACGAAAUGCAGUAAUUUCAAAAUUGUUUUUCAACGACACACUUCACUGUCAGCAUUAUCGACUUCAUCCUGAAGAAUAUGAACAGGCUUGUGUAGAAUUUCUCAAUAAAGUAUGA